AUGCAGUACAAGAACAUCCUCUCCCUUAUUGCCUCCAUUUCCCUCGUCCAGGGAUUUGUUAUCCCUGAGGGUCUGAAAGACGGUAUCUAUACCGUCAACAAAGACAAGAGCGGCAAUGAGAAGAUCGAAUUUGUCUCUGAGUUUGACGACUCUGUGAAGCCCAAGAUGCGUCGGGUUCCGCUGCCAAAUGGCGAGAUCGGGUGCACUGGCGCAGGGCUGGACUACAGCGACCUAUCGGGAGCCCAAGUACAGUUGUAUAACUACUGUGGAGGCAGCGCCCCUCUUACCUCCAACCUCAUGGUUUUUGUUCACGGCUCGGCCAAGGCCUACGUCUGUAACUAUGGGGGAGCGAAUACUUGCGCUGACCACGAGGCCAAGGCGGCGUUUGCUUCGCUCUCUGGGAACUGCGGAAACCCAUCAUCUCCUCUUGGUGGCUGGUACUGGUUGAAGGAUUGGGCAAAGACUUAUGGUUACGAUGCGGAGGGGGCUGACGUUUGCACUAAUCUCUGA